CACUUCCAUCUCUUCUUCAUCCCCAGCCCCAUUUUCUCCUUUGCCGGCCAUUCCCCUCGCUCAAACAAAAAGAUAAUGGCGUCCAAAUUGAUGAGCUGCGGCGUCGCAGCCGUUUGCUCCUCCGUUCUCUCUUCUUCUAAGUCCAAGUUCGCCACCGCCGUGCCCUUACCCGUCUCCGCAAAUGUCACCGCCUCAGGCAGAAUCACCAUGUCCGCCGACUGGAUGCCCGGCCAGCCUCGCCCACCUUACCUCGACGGCUCUGCACCCGGGGACUUCGGCUUCGACCCACUUCGGCUAGGAGAAGUGCCAGAAAACCUUGAGAGAUACAAGGAAUCUGAGCUCAUCCACUGCAGAUGGGCUAUGCUUGCUGUGCCUGGGAUCAUAAUACCAGAGGCAUUGGGUUUGGGGAACUGGGUAAAGGCACAAGAAUGGGCAGCAAUUCCAGGAGGACAGGCGACGUACCUGGGACAGCCUGUGCCGUGGGGCACCCUUCCUACGAUCUUGGCCAUCGAAUUCCUCGCCAUUGCAUUCGUGGAGCACCAAAGAAGCAUGGAGAAAGAUACCGAGAAGAAGAAGUACCCAGGCGGCGCUUUCGACCCCUUGGGCUACUCCAAGCAGGACCCUGCUAAGCUCCACGAGCUCAAAGUCAAGGAGAUCAAGAACGGUCGGCUUGCGUUGUUGGCAUUCGUGGGAAUCUGCGUUCAGCAGUCGGCGUACCCAGGAACAGGACCGCUGGAGAAUUUGGCGAGUCACUUGGCGGAUCCAUGGCACAACAACAUCGGAGACAUUCUUAUCCCUAGAAAUGUUUCCCCCUGAAAAAUAAUUAAUACAAUGAUGAUGUAAAACUCCGAUGAAACAAAUUUGUAAUCCAGUGAACUUCAUUGUAUGUGCAUCUUUGGGUCUGUAUAAGUACAUACCAAUUUGAUAUGUGAGCUCCAUGUUACUACUAGAGAAAAAGAUAACUAGGUACCAUGUUUUGUACGUGUUUGAUCAACUUAUACUUUUUCUUUAAUAUAUGAGAGUCCCUAAAA